AUGUCAAUCACGAACGAGUCCAUCUGGGCGGCCAGCCCCUCCACCACCCGCGGCGCACCCACCCAGCUCUCCUCCGACGCCAAGGGCGAGCGACUUGCGUACGCCUCGAACAAAUCCAUCUUCGUCCGUUCCAUCGACAACCCCGCAAUCGCCAGACAGUACACCGAGCACAAGGCACAGACCACCGUCGCGCGCUUCUCUCCCUCCGGAUUCUACGUCGCCAGCGGUGAUGCCGCUGGUACUGUGAGAGUGUGGGAUUGCGUCGGGGAUGGCAUCACAAAGGGAGACUACAGCAUUGUCAACGGCCGGAUUAAUGACCUGGCCUGGGACGGCGACUCCCAGCGCAUUAUUGCAGUCGGCGACGGAAAGCAACGAUAUGGACACUGCAUUACGUGGGACAGCGGAAACACCGUUGGCGAAAUCUAUGGUCACACGCAACAGAUCAACUCCGUCUCGAUCAGGCAGCAGAGGCCUCUCCGUGCUGCUGCCGCGGGUGAUGAUAAGAAGCUGGUCUUCUACCACGGCGCGCCGUUCAAGUUCAACACCGGCAUCGGAGAUAAGCACACAAACUAUAUCUACGGCGUGGCCUUCAGUCCGGAUGGCUCGCACUUGAUCAGCGUGGGCGCAGACCGUAAGAUCUGGCUCUACGAUGGCAAGACCGGCGAGACGAAGGGCCAGAUCGGCGAGGGCGAGCACAAGGGCAGUAUCUUCGGCGUCUCGUGGAGUAAGGACUCACGGAAAUUCGUGACUGCGAGCGCGGAUCGGACCGUCAAGAUUUGGGAUGUGGAGGCUGGCAAGACCACGCAGAGCUGGACUCUUGGCGAGGAGGGUGCUGCGGCCGUCCGCGAUCACCAAGUUGGCGUGGUGUGGCCCCCGGGCCGAAGCGACAACCUGCUCAUCAGUUUGUCUCUCAGUGGCGAUCUGAACUACCUCGUGGAGGGAACCCCCAAGCCUCGCCAGGUGGUCCAGGGUCACCAGAAAAGCGUCACAUCUCUGGGCCAGUCCACUCUCGAUGGAAAGGAGACUCUGUGGACUGGAAGUUUCGAGGGCCGCAUCUGCAGCUGGGACAUUGCCUCUGGAUCCGCGGAGGAGAUCGAGGGAGAGGGCCACCCUGGUUACAUUGCUGGCCUGGCUCCCACACCGGAGGGCUCCGGACGAAUCUAUAGUGUCGGCUGGGACGACACGAUCCGCUCCAUUGACGUGGCAGCUAAAACCUAUACCGGCAGUGCAUCGAAACUCACUGCCCAGCCGAAGGGUGUUGCCGCCGCCGGCUCAACCGUGCUGGUGGCCGCUGCAGAGGCGGUCGAAAUCUUCCAAGAUGGCAAGAAGACCGGGGACUACAAGGCCAAGUUCUCGGUAACCACCGUGGCGGCGCAUGGGGACGUUGCAGCUGUCGGCGGCGAGGAUGGAUCUGUGCAGAUCUGCAAGGUUUCAGGCUCCAGCCUCUCCGCCCAGACCGACAUUCAGGCUUCUCGCAACCAGAUUUCCAUGCUGGCCUUCUCCCCUGAUGCCUCCAUCUUGGCGGUGGGAGACCUGCGUGGCCGGGUUCUGGUCUACAAGGUGGCUGAUGGCAGUCUCGUCACUGACCGCUGGACUGCGCACACAGCCCGCAUCACCUCGCUCGCCUGGAACAAGGCCGGUACACAUGUUGUUAGUGGAUCCCUCGACACUAAUAUUUUUGUCUGGAGCCUGGCCAAGCCGGGUGACUGGCUUGAGGUCAAGAACGCCCACAAGGAGGGCGUCAACGGCGUGGCGUGGAUCGACGGAAGCUCGAAGAUCGCCUCUGCUGGAGCCGAUGCCGCUGUGAAGGUGUGGAAAGUGGAGGGCCUGUAA